AAUAAGGCAAAUGUAUGUCUGAGCUCCAGUCCCGUAGGUCUUGGUUAACCAAUAGACGACAGAGUAAUAUCACGAAAUAUUUCUGGUUAUACGAAGGUUUGUGGUGUAGCCGAUAUCGAUGGAUUACCUGGAAGACCUGGUGAACCCGUUAUUCGACAACGCUGAGAACUCCUCACUGGCGACCUUCCUUAGAGCCAUGAGAUUCUCGUUGCUCCAGUUUAACAAUAUCCACAGCCACUUGAUAUUCAAGCUCCAGCUGCCGAACGCUCACGAAACCUACCUUCCGAUAGCCCUGCAAUGGGGUCUCCGGAAUGAAGUCGAUUUGAAUUAUUUAUUUGUCACAGAUUUUUCAGACACACAUGGAACUUUGGAUGAUGCUGACGGUAUUCAUAAGCCUAAAGUCUUUAUAAUUUACGGGGGGGAACUGGAUGGGAAAACUGCUCUGGUGCAUUACCUCGCUUACCAGUGGCUGAUAGACCAAGCUAAUGACGUCAAAAAGAUCAAAGAUUUUGAUCUAGUUAUGGUCGUUGAUCCAGGUGACAUAGAAACUCUUAACUCGCUCGAGUUGCUAUCUUUGUUAGAAUUAAAGCUACAGCUGGCCUACCUGCCUAAGUCCAUGACAUUCGAAGGUAUAAAAAAUGAGCUGAAAACUUUGAAAAUACUGUGGCUGUUUGACGGCUUCGAAGAUACCACGGAUGGAGAAAAGGCGAUCAUUCUCGACGCCAUCAAGAACUUUCCUGCGUCUCAAGUUGUGGUAGUCAUUGACCGGAAUCAAGAGGUAGCCAUCAGGCGCUUGGUGGAGUCGUCACAGGUCAAAUAUGUAUCUCUGAACUUCAUGGCCUUAACUAGCCAAACCUGGAGACGUAUGGUACCAAGGAUGAUUGCGACCAAAACCUACGAUCUUCAGUUCAAUGAGUCACUGAGUUUAAGGUUCAUUCGUUUUUUUCGAGGCAUAUUAGACAGUGACGAAAACUUAAGCCCAGAUGUGCUUGGUCAUACCAUUGAAGCCUGGCUGAUGGCAACGUAUCCCAUUGUGGCCAAAUGUGGACAAGCAGUGAUAGGGCGUGGGAAGAGUAAUCAGGCGAUGUCACACAUGUAAUUAUUUUCAAGUGUUAGAGGACUGUUGAAAGACAUUUUUGAGAGGGGAAAAAAGACAUGCAUGAUCUUUAAAACUUGAGAAACAAGUCUCGUUACUUAUAUGUAAAAGAAUCUAAAUUAUUUUAAUUUUGCAAGUACAUAAAAUUGAACUUCAUUGAAAAUAAUUUCCCUUUUGAUUUCAAGGAACUGUUGAAAUUCCAUUUAAGUUGAGAAGUGUUUAAACAUGUUCAGUCUAUCAAUAGAAAUUGCGUGUCUUCAGACUGUUUGUAAAUGUUUUACAUUUUUUUUCUUGUGUUAGCGUUGUAGUUAACAGAGCUACUUCGUACUAAGGUGAUAUCAAAUAGAACCGAAGGUGCUGAAAUUGUCCUCGGUCAGGUACUCUCGAAAUAAUGUUGUUUUUAGUGUAAUUUUGCAUGAACUGAAUAUUAUGAUUCUGAUUACUUUUACGAUAAACCUUUUGUUUAUCGUGUAGGUGGUUUCACUUGUUUUGUAUGUACGUUAGGUAAGAAUUGCGAUAAAGUAUCCUAUUACUGAAUUAUGCAUCUUGAAAAUCGGUAAAUGUAACCCGUUAGUGAUAAUUCUCAUGCCAUGUGUGACUUUAUUAUAUAGAAUGAAUUCAAACAAGCAACUUUAGGAAUAUGAAGUAUUUUGUAGGCUAAAUCAGUUAUUUUACACCUUUUAAAAGUACUAGGUACUGCAUGACUAACUUGCAAAAGGGAUUUAUUACUUCGUUAAUUUUUUCUGUUAGCAUGAAUUCAUCAGCUCAGGUUUCGUUUUAACGUUUAACCGGUACGAAGAAUGUUUGUCAUUAUAAGAGACAAUGCUCGUACAUCAUAACGCUACGGGACUUUAUUCUACAUUUUUUUUUUUUUUUUACAAAUUUUAAUGUACAAAUGCAUUGUCUGUUGUAGUAGUGUAUUUUUUACUCUUGUAAUUUCCUGGUAGAUUAAGGUAAUCUACCAGACCUGUGAUCACUUUCAUCUUUCAGAAAUAAAUUUUAGAAUGAA